GAAAAAAGCAAAACAAACGACGGUAAGAAGGACGCACAGCACACGGUGAGAUGGAUGUCCUAGCGAUGAACCACUGCUGGGACGGCGUAACUAGGUACUGCACCGCACUGCCAGCCAGAAACAGGAUGGCUCCGCUCUCUUCCGACUCGUCCCCCAGCACCAACACCACCUUCUCCUCCUUCUGGCUUCCCUCCUCGCCCCCAACCACGGACGACGGCACGGUGGCGGCAGCACCAGUCUCGACUGUCCAACCCGACAGCGUUUCCCCCGGUGUCUUGAGGUCCUGUGCUAUGCCCUGCAGGGGCUCGCCAAGGGAUCACCAGACUGGAUAUCGAAAAGCGCAUUCGUCAACAUACCGUGCGAACUCAAGCCAUUGCCCCAAGCUAUCGCCUUGUUCUCUCACUGUGGCCUCCCGCCGGGCUUUGUUGACGUCCACGCCACGCAAUCUCUCGCGGUCGGACGAAUCAGCCUCGUGCCUCUGUUCAACAUCAACAUGUCUCUCCUCCUCAAGCCGCCGUCAAGGCAUGCGGCCCAUUUCCCAUGCCCGGAUCGCAUCCCGGAGCGCUGCAUUGCGCAUUGCAUGGUGGAGACGCAUGGGAUAGGGCGCUCGCCUUGCAUCGACGUGGCCCAACCGCAGCUCCUAGGCCAGGUGCAUCAGAACUCAUCGUUCGACGCCAGCUAGGACCUGGAGCCGUGUCGCGAGAAAAGGUGCCGGGAACAGAGCCAACCAUGGCCCUGCCAAGCAAAGGCAU